CCAGCAGAAUGUCAUCCUGUUGCAGCCAUUGGUGAUGAAGUUUCUGUACAUUACACUGGGAAAUUAGAAAAUGGUGCUGUUUUUGAUUCCUCAGUUCUUCAACAACGAGAUCCUAUCUCUUUUACUCUAGGUGCUGGACGAGUGAUACCAGGAUGGGAGCAAGGUAUUCUGGGAAUGUGUGUCGGAGAAAAACGCCUACUGACCAUUCCACCUCAGUUAGCCUAUGGUAAAAGAGGUGUAGCUCCACAAAUACCACCUGAUGCAACAAUAAUUUUUGAAACAGAGCUAAUGUCCUUGAAGCCAAAGGGU